AUGGCGGACGUCGAGAUGAAGGAGGCAGAUGCCGCUACCGACAAGGGAAAAGCUGUUGCAAAGAACACCGACGCGUCCAGCGAUAAGAAGAAGUUCGAAGUGAAAAAGUGGAACGCCGUCGCUCUCUGGGCUUGGGAUAUUGUCGUCGACAACUGCGCCAUUUGUCGAAACCAUAUCAUGGACUUGUGCAUCGAAUGUCAAGCGAAUCAGGGAUCAUCAACUACAGAGGAGUGUACCGUAGCAUGGGGAAUUUGCAACCACGCAUUCCACUUCCAUUGCAUCUCACGAUGGCUCAAGACCCGACAAGUGUGCCCGCUCGACAACCGAGACUGGGAGUUCCAGAAGUACGGACGGUAG